UCCUGUUGAGACCAAUAUGCAACGAUGUUUAUUAGAAGAGCUUAGUCAUUAUUGGACUGUCACGCCUUCAGUUCAAGGAAACAGAUUAGAUGCCCGUUUCUUGCAGCUACUCGCCAACUAGCUAAGUAGACAGCCGUGUCGGUAUGAUAGGACAGACUAUGGAAUUAUUCAAUGGGACUUUGAACGUCGUUUUGCUAGCUAGGAAUUUUCUAUCUGUUUAUUCAAUUGAUUUCCUUUGUGUGUUGCUUAUUCAGAUAGCUAGCUAGCUAACAUACUUAGCAAGCAAGCUGGAGUAUUCAAAGCGAAGACUCAUUCCCAGAGCCAGAACCACAAAUCAUAUGAAAACAGGACACUUUGGAUAUGGAAGAGAGAGAUGGGCAGGCCAAACCAUUUGUUUGGAUCAGCAGCUCUUCUCACGCUCAGAGUGUUGCCAGAGCCAAGUACGAGUUUCUCUUCGGGAAGACACAAGACACGGGCUCAUCGGACAGCGUCUCUACAGGUAGCUCCCAGCCCCAGCCGGAGGAGUACAGCAACAGCAGCCUUGAUCCUGUCACACAGGACGAUGAUCUCGACGAGACCUCGCUGUUCCUAGAGAUCGACCGGGAGCUCGCCAACCUGCUGAGCGGCCUGGUUGCCCGCACACGGGAUGCUCCAUCGACCACUCAGCUGGACGAGCAGGGUAGCAACUCAGGAGACGCCACCUCAAACAUGAUCCCCUGCAACGGCCAAAACGGGACGCCACCCUCUCCGCCCGCCAUGGCCAAUCAGGGCUCGGAGCUUCAGAAUGGUUUUGCUGACGCUGGGCAGCUGGAGUUGCCAGGUGAGCGUUUCCUGACGUUUGACGCUUGGUGCGAUGCACUGAUUCAGAACCCCAGCGCAGCGGCGGAGGAGCUGAGCCGUUUGAGCGGUGGCCUUGGUGAAGACAGCAGAGAUGCGCACACCAGCCAAAGCAAACCCUCAGCUGCCACAAUAGCAUCUGCUGAGGAGCCCACCACUGGGCCUUGCUCCACUCCACCCCGAACAGAGACAGACAGGAAGAUAGGACGGAGUGGAGAGGGUGCAGACACCUCGGCAGGCCUGUCCGAUGCAUCUCUGGAGGAGUCCAGUAGGAUCCUGGCUGAAAUCCCUGGCUUCUUCACCGCCUUCCUGGACGGGGGCAAACCACGGGAAAGGCCCCAGAAGAAGCUGCGCUUUGUGGAGGGCCAGGCGGGGGUGGAGCUCUUGGUUAACGGAGAGGCGCCCGAACCCAACAGCGGUACUGGGGAACAGCUGGCUCAGGGUGUGGAGAUGCCCGCGCACGCACACACACCCAUGGCUGCUGUGCCACAGGUGUUUGUGCUGAGCCAUGAAGGCAAGUCAACUGGAAAGAGCUCAGCCAGGGCCUGUGCGAACGAAGAAGCCACCGAUGUUUUCAGUCGGCAGUUUGAGAACAUCCUGGAGUCGGAGCGGAUGCGCGGGACGUGCUACAGCAGCCUGGACUCGCUAGAUGCGCUCUCGUCCUCUGCCGAUGAGGCUGAUGGCGAGCUGGGCCAAGCUGUGGGGCCCUGGCGGGGCAAGGAGUUGGCCGCCGCCCUGGACACGCCCCUCACGCCCAUGAUCCAGCAGCGGUUGAAGGAGAGUGCUCUCUUCGCUGAGCUGGGUGUCAGGCAGGAGGUGCUCAGCGUUUCUGUCACUGGGAGGAGCGGGAGGGCAGCCCUGGAGGUGACCUCCUCCUUCCUAGAUGCAGGUGCUGCAGCUGCGGACCUCUCCGGAGGAUCCCUAGCCAACGGUAUAAUGGAGAGGGACACAAAGGACUGGCUUCAAGGCUGUCUGAGCAGCAGCGAUGAGGGGUUGAAAGACGCACUGUCGGACUGGGACUCGGACAUGGACAGCACAGAGGCGCUGAAGGAAAGUUCCGGCCUGCUUAACAACGGCCACCGCAGCGACCAGGAGGCGGCGCGGCGUCUGGCCCGACGCCUCUACCGCCUGGAGGGCUUCCGCCGCUGCGACGUGGCCAAGCACCUGGGCAAAAACAAUGACUUCAGCAGGAUGGUCGCUCAAGAGUACCUCACUUUUUUUGAAUUCACAGGGAUGACGUUGGACCAAUCUCUUAGAACCUUUCUGAAAGCUUUUGCACUAAUGGGUGAAACCCAGGAGAGAGAGCGGGUUUUAAUCCAUUUUUCUAAUAGGUACUAUCAAUGUAACCCCACCAUCAUCGCCUCACAAGAUGGAGUGCAUUGCCUUACGUGUGCUUUGAUGCUGCUGAACACUGACCUUCAUGGCCAGAUGGCUUCAAAAAGCAGGGACUCAUCUGGAAUGAAAAGGAUUGCUUGCAGAGGGGAAAGUGCUUCAAGGCGUUCAGCACGGACAUCACUUACAAAUAUUGGGAAGAAGAUGACGUGCCAGGAGUUCAUCAAUAACCUGGACGGGCUGAACACAGGACAGGAUUUCCCCAGAGAGCUGCUCAAGGCAUUGUACAACUCAAUCAAGAAUGAGAAGCUGGAGUGGGCAAUUGACGGGGACGAGUUGAAGAAGUCACUGUCUGAACUUGCAGACAGCAGGCAGGACAACGCUCACACGAAGAGUGUGAGCAGGAUGAGCAGUGGCAGUAACCCCUUCCUGGACAUUUCCCAUGACCCCAACGCUGCUGUUCACAAAACUGGCUUCCUGGCCCGCAAAAUCCAUGCCGACAUGGAUGGCAAGAAAACACCAAGAGGAAAGAGAGGCUGGAAGACAUUUUAUGCAGUUCUCAAAGGCAUGAUCCUGUAUUUGCAGAAGGAUGAGUACAAGCCUGAGAAGGCCCUGUCUGAGGAAGACCUGAGGAAUGCCAUCAGUGUGCACCAUGCCCUGGCUAUCAGGGCCAUGGACUACGAGAAGAAGCCUAACGUGCUGAAGCUCAAGACUGCUGACUGGAGAGUCUUCCUCUUCCAAGCACAGACCCCAGAAGAGAUGGAUUCCUGGAUCAGAAUAAUCAACUCGGUGGCAGCCAUGUUCUCUGCUCCUUCCUUUCCUGCAGCCAUUGGUUCACAGAAGAAAUUCAGUCGCCCACUGCUGCCUGCGACCGCCACCCGCAUGUCUCAGGAGGAGCAGCUGAAAUCGCAUGAGGCCAAGCUAAAGCAUGUCUCUACAGAGUUAGCUGAGCACAGAUCCUACCCUCCGGAUAAGAAGGUCAAAGCUAAGGAGGUUGACGAGUACCGACUGAAAGAGCACUACCUGGAAUUUGAGGAGAGCCGCUACGAGACCUACGUGAAGCUCCUGAAGGAGGGCGUGAAAGAGCUCCUCGCUGGCAAAGACAAUGACAGCGUACUGAAGAAGUCGCAGUCCAGCCCCUCUCUCAACCAGGAGUCCCAUCCGGCUGCAGCCAAAGUCAAGCGCAACACAUCAGAGAGGAAGGACUACCGGCCCGAGACGCCCAAGGUCACAUAGGCACACACUCUCUUUAUUGUCAAAAGAGCCAUUAUACACAACAUGUGAAUAUAUUUUAUUGGAAUUAUUUAUCUGCCACUGUUAUAAAUUGGUUGUGUAAAAUGUAACUGAAUUGAUAAUUGUCCUCCUUAGAUUGACUGGUGCUCGUGUCGCUGUUUGUAUGGGACAUUACUUACAUACGUGUGGUCCUUUUCUGGUUGUUUGUUUGUUUGUUUGUUUGUUUGUUUGUUUUCGUUUCAGUGUUGUUGGUGUUGCGGCUGUCAUUACUGUGAUGAAUGUGAGAUUUAAUUGCGAGACGUCACUCGAUCUGUUCCCGCUGCAUUCUGUCCCAAAACUCGAUUUGCCUUUUUUUAAAGAGAAGUAGUACCUUCUCGAUCACAGAUUACUGGAAAUUGCCACACCGUUUUUUUUUUUUUUGUUUUUUUUUUGUUUUUUUUUGUAUAGUAGAUGUGGUCUUACGCUGAAGGUAAUUUUAGUGUGUAAAAUAAGUGAAUGAUAAAAUUGUGCAACAGUAAAAAUUAGGCAAGUUUUGGUUCCAGAGAAGCGCAUGAGUCUUGGUUCCUUCUCUGCUAACAAAGAGAAUUGGUUUUGAAGGUCUCUCUAAGAUUUUUAUUUUUUCAAUUUAUCGAUGCAUCAGGAUGUAAAUACAUGAAAGCGAAGCAUCCCUUCAUUAUGACACUCAGUGCAGUUAGUGCUUUACUCCAUUAUUAAUUUACUAUAGCAAGAUGAAGGCAGAUACCCAAAUUAUGUACUCAUCAACAUUUUAUUAUAUUGUACCAGCAUGUCACAGUUCAAAAAUAUGCCAGAUACAUUAUUUUCUAAUGAUAAUAUAGGGGUACCCAACAAGGAUUGUUUGACGCCGAGUUAUAUUUACAAAAUAUGGCUUUUUAGACUGCAAAAUGAUUAGCGUCAUAAUUUGUGCAGAGGAGCCAUUUAUUUUUUUAACUGUUAAAGCAAAAUAUACUUCUGCUUUUUGAGUAGUGUAAAUGCCAAUGCUCCUUUUGUGUAUUUUAUAAUCUUCUUAUAUAUUUGGAUUUAUAAUUCUCAGUUCAGAACAUUAUUGUUGUAAAGAUGAAAUUAGUAUUUAUAGUGCACUUUAUGACUUAGUUCUUUUGAGUAUUUAGAGCUUUAUAAAAGGUAGUGAUAUGUUUCUUACCUACAUCACAGGUUUUUCAGGCAGUACUAAAUUGUGUUUAUUUUAUUCAAGGUACUGAGCUGACUGUACGUUUUUUUUCUUGACAGCUCGAACCGUAAUGUGUUAGUAUGUCAGUGGCUCUGUAGUUUUGCUGUUAUAGUUGUUCAAAGACAAAGUUUCCUUUUUAGGAAACUAUUUACAGUGCUGUAUAACUUGGAGUUAUUGCCUUUUGUGAUGUUAUUAUUGACUUUAAGAUGUCUCUUUCGCGGUUUCAUUAGCAACAGAACUGACAUGAACACUAUGAACAUUUUACACUUCCAUUGCUAACUGCACACCAACAGAUAUUUUCCAUACCAGACAUACAUUUUUUUCAGUUUUUGAAGGUUUUAAUUGCAAAUGUAUCUCAAUUUUAGUACAUAUCAAAAAAGGUGGUUAGAAGUAUAGCCAAGCUAUUUGAAGAUGUUUUUAAUCUUAUUGUUAUAAAUAGGCUAGAUAAUUCAGUCCCUCCAGUCUAAAUUAAUGUUGUUUACUUGAACUAUAUGUAUUAAAGACACUUUAUUUUUAUUUUAUAAUUUACUUUUUUUAUUGUUGUUUAUUUACCACACUUGUAUGGAAUUUGAUGAAUGUGAACCAUAAAGUAUGGAAAGAAUAAGUCUAUAGGUGCAUUACUUUUUUUUUUAUAUAUAUAGUAAACGCAAACUCACUCAGAACAGAAAUUCACAUAUCUCCUUUCUUUUGUGCUUGCUUUGCUAUGUAAUUGCUACAUAGAUUAUUAGCAUUCUCUCUGCUCUCUAUUCUGAACAAUGGUAAGGAUAUUCACAUAAAAGCACUUAAUAUUAAUUUGCUUUUUAACUCUGGUUUAACUUUUGCCAGUAUAUACAAGUUCAUGUCCAGUAACUCACAUUAAAAGGUAUUUCCUCCCAUAGUGUGGCAGACAGUAUGAAUAGAAUAGACAUUUUGUAAUUCAUUUCUUUAUACUGUUCUUUUUCACUACAUAUGCUGACCAAAUAGUUUCCUUUGAUUAUACAGAAUAAUUUUAGCAGAACCCCUUUACUAAUAGAUAUGUUGCACAAGAUUUUCUUAAUUGUUCUUAGUAAUUAUUUUUGAGAGUAGGUAGAAGAAGAAAUCAGGGCACAAACAAUGAAAAACUGAGAAAUGCGUAGGUCGACUUAUGAAGUUGAAUUAAGACAUUAAGUAUAUGUUAUGCUCAUUUUAAAUACUUUUAUUUAAUGUAUUUUUAACUGGAACAUAUGCAUUAUGUUUGUUGCUUUUUCCUCAAAGAAAAACGCAAGGUAUACAAAUUCUACAUAAAUAGAUAUAUGAUUUGAUCUUAGUUGGCAUGAUGGUGAACAGGAAGAAAGGUUUAAGUUUUUGUGUAGGCUUUAUUGUCUCCAAAGAUUGGGUUGUAUGUACUUAAAUGCUCAGAUGGUACCAGUGUCAUCAGUUCACUGUAUGAAAUAUAGUUAGUGCUGUAGUCCACAUCUAGGGCAUCAAUGAGAUCAGAGGUUUUAGUCUGAGUUGAGACCAAGACCAAAGCAGGGUGAGUCCAAAUCAAGACCAUAACUGAUUACAUCAUGCCAUUAUAAUGUACACCCUGCAUACUCCAGUUCAUGUUUAUGAGCAGUGCAACUUAUUACAGUUCUUAAGGUGUGUUUCCCAUUAAAACACAUUGUUGAUAACAGUUUUGGUUAGUGGUCAUGGGUGUUUUUUUGUUUGUAUGUUUUUUGUUUGAUGUUUUUAUAUUAUUAUUAUUAUUAUUGCUAUUUAUUUUAUAUAUAUAUAUAUAUAUAUAUAUAUAUACACACAAUUUUUCUUUUUUCUUUUCUUUAAUGCGUUCAAAAACAAUUACGAGUACUUAAUGUCCAAGACCAAGGUCCAGUAGGAAAAAUCUCCAGACUGAGACAAGACCAUUGAUGUUCAGUCCUCAGUUCGAUCUUGAGUAUUACAACCCCCCCCUCUAUAUUCUCCCGUGACCUCAGUUCGGAGGUCAAUCAUGCACCUAUUAUAUCAGUAACUGAAAGGAGUGCAGUUGAUUUGUAUAUACGCUUGUCUCAGUUGACAGUGAGACAGACACACCUUGGCUUUAACCUAGGAUGUUUAGUCUCUGAACAGUGCAUAGAAAUAUCUCUCAAAGCUGUGAUCUUGUACAAUCCUUUAACUCUGUAAAUGUUGGUAAAUAUAACUGUUGCCCUGUAUUCAGAGGAUUCCACUUUUUGGUAGUUCCAAGUGAUUCUCUUGGCACAAGAGCGUGUCUUACGCCCUCCAGCCAUCACCAGGGAUGCAGUGCUGGUGUCAUCCAAACUGUAGGUGGAUUCAGUGAAUAAAAUACAGUAUUUAAUUCAA